AUGCUGAAGAUUAGGCAUUUUCGGAAUCCACUAAAGUCAGCUCGUGAACCACAUGAUGCUCAUGGACAUUCUUCAUCAUCAUCAACUCCAGUCCAAUCACAUGCUAUCGAGCCCUCAACAACAGUACAAGCCCUCCCACAUGCUCAUGAAGUCCCGCAACAAGAACAAGCUCCAAUUCUGCCUUCUAAUUCAAGUGCAACAUCUCGUCGUGCAGGACGUGAAUCUACAAAGUAUUGGACAGUAGAGGCAAAAGACUCGAAAAAUGCUACCAAGAAAAUUAGGGUCAAGGUCAAUGAAGUUAACAAUCUAACUGUUGGGGAGCGCAUCAUUGUGAAUUUUGAUGACUACAAUACAGCAUAUGGUGAAGCACAAGGAUUACUUGCUAGAUAUUGUGGAUCGCUGGCAAUUGAUUGUAAUUUGUUUCCGAUUAGUUUUGAGAAGUGGUCAGGGCCAUCGGGCAUGCCUAAGAAGUACAUGGAAGACUGCUUUGAAACAAUAUUAAAGCCUCGAUUUGAUUUUCAGGAGCUUUGUAGAAGAAAUAAAGAAAUUCGAAAGAAACAAAAAAUGCCACACACUGGUGGUUCAAAAGCUAACUCGAGAAGACGAUAUGAGCUUUUUUUGGAAACUGGAAAAACUCCUAGUCAUGGAAAAAUAUUUAUUGAAACUCAUAAGAAAGCUAAUGGAUCAUUUGUAAAUGAUGCGGCAAGGACUAUAGGGGAACAAAUUUAA